AUGGAAGAUGUUUUGCAGGUGAAGGUGGAUCUGCUUGAGAAGAUGCCGCGGAGCAGCCACCAUGACCGAAUUUCGCUGGUGUACAGCGUUAUGGAUAGUUAUAGCAGUGACGCAGAUCGUUCUGUGCUGUGCACGAAUGCUGCAUCUAUUUUUUUAUUGCAUUUAAUGAAGGAACAAUUGAAGAAUAAAUAUUUGCAGCUGAAGCCAAUGCAUUUGGGCUACGAUGUCUCAGAAAAGCAGUCAUGUUCUGCUGCCGCUGGCCGGGCACUUUUGGCGAAGAUCCCUCAUCUUCCCCACGUUUCUGAUGAGGCAUUGAACGUUAUUGUAGGAUUCCGCGAUUCCUUCAUCGCCAGUAACCGCACUGAGAUGAUUCAGCUGCUGAGAUAG